CCUAGAACUAGCUAGCACUAACUAAAACCAUUUUCACUUUUCAGCCAUUGAUUAAUUCAUCCUUAAUUUGUUGCAGCCAUUACUUAAUUUCUGUUCAUAAACAUGGAAAUCACUCCCAGGAAGAUGCAAUCCAGGGCCAACCGCCACAUAUUUUCAGCAUCAGAUGACACUGUCAUGACCAAACAAAUUCGUGCUACUCAUGCUCCAGUUGGUGGACAUAUUAACGUUAGACCUCUUCUUAAUGUUGUUCAGGACAUUUUCCACCGUGCCUCUUUCAUCCCUCACAUUGUUCAGGGAAAGCAAGAGCAAUUGGGAGCCAUAGAGGACAAUUCCCACCAAUCUGACUUAGCUGAUAUGCUAGAUAUUUCUUACCACACAAUUAACAAAAUUUCCUGCGAGAUAUCUUGCAAGUGUGUAGGUGGUGGAGACGCCCAUGCCACAACCAUAGAAAUACUGAGCAUGCUCUCAAGCUAUUCAUGGGAUACUAAAGUGGUGAUUGGUUUAGCAGCUUUUGCAGCAAACUUGGGGGAGUUUUGGCUGAUGGCUCAGCUCUAUGCCACCAACCGUCUUGCCAAGUCUGUUGCAAUGCUGAAGCAAAUCCAUGAAACACUUGAACAAGUGGAAGCUUUGGGACCCAAGUUUGAAACAGUGAACAACCUUCUCAAGGCCAUGUUAGAUGUUGCCAAUUGCAUUGUUGAGUUCCAUGAGCUUCCCUCUCAGUACAUUGACCCUGAAGCACCAGAAAUGUUGAAUGUAUCCACUCUUAUUCCAAGUGCUGUCUAUUGGACCAUUCGGAGUAUUGUGGCAUGUGCUUCACAUGUUUUAGGCAUAGUUGGUCUGGCUCAAGGAUACCUGAUAUCAACAAUAGAGACUUGGGAGCUUUCCAGUUUGGUUCAUAAGCUCGAUAACAUAAAUAGCCACCUUCGGAAACAACUAGCCCUUUGUCAUCAGCACUUAGAUGACAACAAACAGAUAGAAGCAUUUCAAACACUUCGGCGCCUUUUUGAGACAUUGCAUCUAGAUAACAUGAAGGUUCUUAAAGCUCUGUUUUGCAGCAAGGAUGAUCUGUUGCCACUCUUCGAUGGUUCUACCAAGAAAAGGGUUAGCAUUGAUGUUUUGAAGAGAAAGAUUGUGUUAUUCUACAUAACAGACCUCCAUCAUGUCUCUGAACAAGAGAUUAUGAUUUUUGAACAAAUGUAUCAAGAGUCAAGGCAAGACUCAACCAGGGUAGAGGGUCAAUACGAAUUUGUUUGGCUUCCUGUUGUGGAAAAAGGAACCUCAGGGGCUGAAGCAAAACAAAGGUUCGAGAAGCUGCAAUCAAUGAUGCCAUGGUUUUCAGUUUAUGACCCUUCUCUUCUGGAGCCAUCAACCAUCAAGUACAUUAAAGAGGUGUGGCUUUUCAGUGGGAAGCCUAUCCUUGUAGUGUUGGACCCCCAUGGGAAGGUUAUGAAUCUCAAUGCAAUACACAUGAUGUGGAUUUGGGGAAGCCUGGCAUAUCCAUUUUCUAGCUCAAAGGAAGAAUCACUGUGGAAGGAGGAAACAUGGGGACUUACCCUGUUAGCAGAUACAAUUGAUCCUUUACUCAUUGAUUGGGUAUCAGCGGGAAAAUACAUAUGCUUGUAUGGAGGAGAUGAUAUGGAGUGGAUCAGAAAAUUUACAAGUACAGCAAAAUCAGUGGCAAGGGAACUUCAAAUACCACUAGAGAUCAUUUAUGUGGGAAAAAGCAACCCAGGAGAGAGAGUUAGAAAAAUCAACAAGGCCAUACGUGAAGAAAAUUUGAGCAACGUACUUGCUGACCUUACUAUUAUUUGGUUCUUUUGGGUUAGGCUGGAGAGCAUGUGGCACUCCAAACUACAGCAGAGCAAGACAGUGGAGAAUGACCAGAUAAUGCAUGGAAUAAUGAGGAUCCUAAGCUUUGAUAGCAGUGAUCAGGGUUGGGCUGUGAUCAAUCAAGGCACAGGGAGAAUGGCACAGGGCAAGGGAGACACAUUUAUAAAGUGCCUUGAGGAACAUGAGCACUGGAAGGAUAAGGUUAAUGAUAAAGGGUUUUUGCCAGCAAUGGAUGAUUAUAUGCAAGAACUCCAAACCCCACAUCACUGCAAUCGUUUGAUUCUGCCAGGAGUCAAUGGUAGAAUCCCUCAAAAGGUUGUCUGUGCUGAGUGUGGCCGUUCAAUGGAAAAGUUCUUCAUGUAUCGUUGCUGCAAUGAGUGAAUUCCAACACUUCAGGUUUGGAUGCAUGGUAAAUUCUUCUACAGAAAUUGAUCCCUGCAAGAAGCUACUCCUAGAUCUAAACCUGAACCCAAACAUACUACUAGACCGUGAAUAAGAUUAUUAAUGUAGAACUAAUAUUAAUAAUGAGUAUCUACAUUGUUUAUAUCAACUAUAAUUCUGUCUUAGACUAAGCUUGAACAACUUUUGAGUCCCAUUCUUUUUCAAUUUAUUUACACUACUCCAAGUGCUUGGAGAAACAAGUCAUAACCUUACGUCGGUUGAAGCAUAAUUUCAAAGUAAGGUGUCAAAAUCUUGAAUAAGAUUAUGUCUAGAAUUAUAAUUCAAAAUGUACUCAUCUACAAUGUUCAUAUAAAGGCUUAUUAAUUUAU